GAGUGCGCAACAACAAAAAUGAGUGCGCCUGGGUUAAGCCCGCCAGAGCAUUUGCAGCACCAACAACGCCUACAUAGCAAACAUAAAAAAAAACAGCGAACUCAAGACUUUCAAUAUCAUUCAUCUAACGCAAAACAAAAGUGCUUUGAGGAAAGGAAAUAUUGAUGAAACUAAAAAUCAAACGCAAGCCUUUGGAAAAUUUGUGAUCAUCGUGUAAUAACAACUACUAAUCAAUGCAGCGGAAAACAUAUUUUUGCCAAAUUUUGCUGAAGAAAAGGGAGUCUUCUUUAAAAGAUUAUUAAUGGUACAAGUUUGUCAAAAAUUUACCCGGAUGUUCUGCUAAGAUGAGAAACCUUGAACCAAAUAUGUCGGAGAGGAUCCACUGACGAUUUCUCUCUCAUGAGUAAUUCAAAGCUCCACACGGUCGCUUGAAAGCACGCGUAGAAUGCUGGCUCUUUGCGAAGAGAGCAAAGAAGCUGGCAUUCGUACUCUUGUGGCAUUGGAUGAUCAAGGAGAACAAUUGGACAGAAUUGAGGAAGGAAUGGAUCAAAUUAAUGCUGACAUGAGAGAAGCUGAAAAAAAUUUAAGUGGAAUGGAGAAAUGUUGCGGAAUUUGCGUGCUUCCCUGCAAUAAGAGUCAAUCCUUCAAAGAAGAUGACGGUACUUGGAAAGGCAAUGAUGAUGGCAAAGUUGUUAAUAAUCAGCCUCAGAGAGUUAUGGAUGAGAGAAAUGGAAUGAUGGCGCAAGCGGGAUACAUAGGAAGAAUAACGAAUGAUGCUCGUGAAGAUGAAAUGGAGGAAAACGUGGGUCAAGUAAACACAAUGAUCGGGAACCUUCGAAAUAUGGCGUUAGACAUGGGUUCCGAAUUAGAAAACCAAAACAGACAAAUUGAUCGAAUAAAUCGAAAGGGAGAAUCAAACGAAGCGCGAAUAGCAGUGGCAAAUCAGCGUGCUCAUCAAUUGUUGAAAUAAUUACUUUCAGCUGUUUCAUUUUGUUUUAUUGGUUAACAUAAUAAGUAU